CCUGGCGUUAUGUACGCCAAAUGACAGUAAACGUACGGACACAGCCCGAGUCUCGUAUCUUCCCUCUACGUAGAAAAUCUCUGAGUUACUCGCUUUGGUUGGGGGCUGUUUCGUUAGAUAUGUUUAUCUAUACCAUAUACUUUAGAAAAAGGAGGUAUAUAUACUUACGCAGAGUUACGCAGAGUUUACCCAAGACGGAAAGUCCUCAAGUGUCUCGAAUCUUGGAGGUAUCUGGCUAACGUUAGUCAUCAAGUUGUUUUUUUAUCAAAGCAUUUAGUCUAGCUAACGCAAACUUGGCUUUUAUUUAAUUUGGCUCGCUUUCGGUCUGGACGAGUAACCUAACAUAGCUAACGUUGAGCAGCAAACGUUCGCCAUUUAGCUGUCAUGUGGAAUUAGCGACGCUAAUCUAUCGAAGUGUUUCCAUGUUAGCUAUUAGUAAUGUGCAAAUUAAACCUGCGGAUUUAGCUAACGUUAGCAAAUUAGCGAACUAGGCUACAGCUCUAUCGUUUUGACAUUGACGUAGUUACACGAAUGUAGCACAAUUAUGAUAUUCUACCUGCAGUCCUUGUGUAGAGGAAUUUCGGUGUUCGGGUAACGUUUUUACUUGUAACGUGACGUGUUUCAAAUUGUUUUCUUGGUGCAUGAUGUAUUACGCUAUAAUUAGCUAAUUAAGUAUAUCGCUAGCUAGUUAGCCACGUAGCCUAGCUAUGCCGUCAUCCAAGUGAUUUAGCUAAUGUUCACAAAUUAAAUACUUUAUCUGGCUAACGUUACUCUUUUGAGAUCCAACCUAACACGCUGCAUCUGACUGCAACGACUCACUGUGACGUAAGCUAAUUGGCAGCUAACUACAAACUAAACUAUGGUUGUAGUGCUAGCUAGUUAGCUGGCUUCCUAAAAACACAGAAACACACCCGUUAGCUUGCUUCCUAGAUGGUGUAGCUAGCGCGAUCUAAGGGAAAACUAACGUUAACUCGGGUGACCACUCCGGUUAGCAAGCUAAAAAGGACACCACCUGUUCAGAAAUUUAGUUGGGAAUGGCUACAGCUUCAGGAUCUAUACCGGGGGUAAGCGGGGCUUGGGCCGGACCUCCUCCAACUACAACGUCUCCUGGUAUCAUUACUCCUGGGCAGUUACAGCCUAUGGUAGUUGUCUGGGAAUGGCAAGAUGAUGCAGGAUUCUGGCGGCCGUACAGCGGCAAGGUGAGCUGCUAUAUCGAGCAAUGUCUUUUGCAUCAACGAGGACUGAGGAGUGUGGGACCAGCUUCCACAAGCAUUUCUUUGGGGCAGUCAGACCCCAGCUUGGCCUCUUACAUCAUUGACAUCCCAAGCCUCAAACAGUUCCGCCAAGAUACUGGGAAGAUGCGGUCUGUACGCCGAAGCCUGUUCCCCCAGUCUUCUGCCUUGGGGAGUGGGGUAAAUUGGGAAUGGGCCAAUGAUGAGGGAGGAUGGACUCCAUACGAGAUGCGCACCUCCAUCAUGCUGGAGCACAGCUUCCAGGCCAGGCAGACCACAGCAGACCUCAUCCCACAUGGCUACAAUUACAUUGUGGACCUCACAGCACUCUUCCAGGUCAACAAAGUCUCUGGAUUUAAGCGGCAGGUCCGCCGGCAGACCAACCAGCCCUACCCACUUGUACCCCCUGGAUCAGGCUCUGUCAUCCACUCUGGACCCGCCUGCUCCUGCCAUCAAUGCCUGAGCAACAGCGCCACCGGUCCCAUGCCCAGCCGUUCACGGCACUCCUUCUCCUCCUCCACCCAGAUGAGCAGGCCCAGCCUGAGGCCAACAGGUGGUAGCCUCAACUCCAUGUACUCCCCUUACCCUAGGAGGCCACUCUCCGUGGGUGGGAUGGCCUGGGGAGGCCCCUGGAUCCCAGCUACAUCUGCAGGCCCAUCCCCUGGAACCUCGCAAACCUAUUCCUCCAGUACCAAUGGCUUGAGCAUUCCCACUGUCCCUGUGCAGCUGAAUGGGUCCAACAGUGUGAGCACAGCUCUGGCAGGCAUGGCUUCCAUUUUGAUGUCAGCAGCUGGACUUGGAGUUUGCCUUUUGAGUGCCCCUCUCUCGCAGUACCCACCGGGCAGGCCCACCAAAACUCACAGCACCAUUAGGAGGGCAAAGAGACAGCCCAGGACAGCCCAAGACCAGAAACCAGAGGAGGUGAUCCAGAGAUACAUGGAGAAAGUGGCUGUUCCCCCAGAAGAGGACUGCAUCAUUUGCAUGGAACGGCUGAGUUGUCCUUCUGGCUAUGAGGGAGCAUUGGACUGCCAGGCUAUGCCACCCAACACAGUCGGCAAGUUCACCAAGUGUGGUCACAACCUGCAUCUGCUCUGCAUGCUGGCCAUGUAUAACAAUGGAACAAAGGAUGGCAGCCUUCAGUGUCCUUCUUGCAAGACAAUCUAUGGGGAGAAAACCGGAACCCAGCCCAAGGGCAAGAUGGAAAUCUACAGUAUUCCCCAGCCACUCCCAGGCCACCCUGACUGUGGGACUAUACAGAUCAUCUACAGUAUUCCACCAGGGGUGCAGGGCUCAGAACAUCCCAAUCCGGGCCAGCCCUAUACCUGUAGAGGAUUCCCACGGCUCUGCUUCCUACCAGACAAUCACAAGGGUAGAAAGGUACUAGAGUUGCUGAAAGUAGCCUGGACGCGAAGGCUCAUUUUCACUGUGGGUACCUCCAGCACCACCGGGGAACCUGACACUGUGGUGUGGAAUGAGAUCCACCACAAGACAGAGAUGAUGUCAAACAUCUCCGGUCACGGCUACCCAGACCCCAACUACUUGGACAACGUGCUGUCAGAGCUGGCCGCUCAAGGUGUGACUGAGGAGUGCCUAAAAUAGGCAGGGCCAAGCCAGGGAAUAUAAGACCCUGAUCCCUGCCACCACCACCUAUACUCUGUCAUUGCUAAGCACUGUAAUCAUGUAUUUUGAGGACAUUACUAGGACCGACAGCUGUGCUACAGGGAAAAGGCUGAACCUCUCGCCUGUGGUCAGGAUGAGGAUUUAGGCCUUUUGCAGAGUGUAUUUUUCAUUUGUGAAAUAGGAAUCCAAAUAAAUACUGUGCCAUGCAAAAGUAUUUGCCCCUUUACUGAUUUUCUCUAUUAUUGCAUAUUUGUUACACUGAGUGGUUUCAUAUCUUUAGACAAAAUAUAAAAUUUAAAAAAGGGAACCUGAGUAAAUGCAAAACACAUUUUAAAAAUUAUUAUUUAAUUUGUUUAAUUUUAAAAAAUGAAAAUGUUUGGCCCCUUCAGUUUAAUUGCUGCUUGCACCAACUUUAGCUGAAAUAAUUGCAACCAAAUGCUUCCUGUAAUUUGAUAUCAGUCUUUCGCAACUCUGUGGAGGAAUUUUCGCCCACACUUUGAAGAACUGCUGUAAUUCACACACUAGUAGCUUGUUGAACAUGAACUGCUCAUUUCAGGUCCUGCCACAGCAUCUCUGUUGGGUUCAUGUUAAGACUGUGAUUAAGCCACUCCAAAGCCAUUUGUAAGGGUCUGGGACUCCACUGAACCACACUGAAAUGAACAGUAGCAAAUCUUACCAGGAGUGUUCAGCCUGCCAAAAUUUAUUCAACUGUGUGGCAACACAUCGAGAUUGUCACAAAAGAUCCCAGCAGAAGACUGGACUAAAAUUGGAUUCAUGGGAGAAUAGCAAUGUAGAAAGCCUUUUUGGAUAUUAUGCUCUGAGUCAAAAGUGGAACCUUUUGGAUAAUAUUGUUCACAUCAUUCCUGGCGUGAAGCAAAUACAGCAUUUCACAGUAAGAACAUCAUAACAAUCAAACGUGGUGGUAUUGUCGGGAUGCUUUGCUGCCUUGGGACCUGGGCAACUUGCCAAUAUUGAAGGAACCAUGAAUUCGGCUCUAUAACAGAAAAUUUGGUCUCAUUUUACUUGAACCCCCCACAAAAAGGCUGACAACACAGUCAUACACAUGAUUUAACCGCUGUCAGCUUGCAAUAAUUUCUGCUAACAUGCUUCUUGUUAAGUUUAAGGGGUUGUCCUCUUUUUCACAAGGGUGAUAUGGCUGUUCGAUAACUUUAAAUUAAAUGAAUGAAAUUUGUGUGCGUGUUUUGUGUUUACUCUGGUUCCCUUUUCUAAUGUUACAUUUUGUCUAAAGAUCUGAAACCAUUCAGUUCGGCAAAUAUACAAUAAUAAAUAUUAGGAAGGACGCAAAUUACUUUCCACAGCAUUGUAAAUGUGCUUUCAUAAUGCUGCCUUCCUUUAGGUCUGUUGCGUGUCUUUUCUGCCUGCCCUGUCCCUUUAUCUUUCAUUAAUGAAAGGCAGCUUUUGUGAGGCACAAAUAAAAUGUUAAUGCAGUAUUUCUGAAAAUAACCAUUUUAUAAUUUCAUGGCAUAUUUCACAUAAUUUCUGUAUUCUUAUCCCUUGCGCUUUUUAGUUUAGGAUUUUAAGAUGACACCUAUACAUGUCUUAAGAAAUGGAACUAUAUAUAUAACCCUAAAAUCAGGUGGUUGUCUUUAGUAAUGUAUGUUUCUCCCUUUUAUCAUAACAUAGUUCCAUAAUUUUUUUAUUAUUAGUGAUUGAUUUUUAUAGAAAUGUGUAGGGUUUGCUAUGAAGCAAGAACCUUGAUACAAGCUGUUGGUCCCAAAAUAGUUGAAGGCUGCAUAUAAUGCCAGUAAUAUGAUGAGGAAAAUAUUAUGAGGAUGCUUUAAAUAUAAGAUGGGCAUUAGCAAGCGUGGAAUGUGACUGUGGCAAUCAAAUGUGGAAUGUUGAUUCUCUGCUUUCUAUGUGUAAUCUACCCACAUGACUUCCCUUAAUUUUACAAGUUUCUGCAGUACUUAUGGUGAUCUUCAUGAACCCCAUAAUGGGACAACCUACUAGGAGCUGUCAAUCAUAGCCCUUUUUGUAGAAGAGGAGUGUUUUGCAUCCUACAACCAAACACUUAAAAUCAGCUAUCCUCUUAUAGCCAAUGGUAUAUAGCUAUUACUAGUGUCCUGGUGUAUACUAGUAUACAUACGUAGGUAUAUAUUUUUUUAUGAAUUGCUCUAAUUGCCUGUUAUACAGAUUAGGACAUUCAAAAGCUUAUGAUGUGAAUCUAUUGAGGUGUGAGAAUGACUACUUCAAUAAAGAACAAAAGAUUAAA